GAAAGAAGCCAGUCGAUUUGCAUGAAAUGAUAUGUCCCCAAUUCCGCCCUUGAUAUCCCGCUGUGCGCCCUUGAUUCUCCCCAUUCUCCCCCGAUCCCACUUGUUCUCACCCUUCGGACUUUCUCAUUCAAGCGAUAGCGGUGUGCCGGAGCAGCACAGGCCCGGGGGGUUACCUGCAUAAAUGGCGUCGUUCUUCUCAAGUGUCCGAGGGUUCGGGCGUGCCUCAAAUAAAAACGGCAACAACCCAGCGAGAGGGAACGGACAGCAAGCGCCUUCACCCACUGGUUACGCUCCAUCUCCUUCUCCCGCACCACCUUCCAUUCCUCCUGUUCCCGCAUCACCAGCACUCUCAGCGGGGAUGUCGGUUGAUACCACCCAACCGGAAUCGGCCCAGGGCCGCAAAACCCCGUUCUUCUUUCGAGAAGAGUAUUCCGCCAUCAUCGUCAAAGGCAACUUCAUGACGUUGGCUGCAAAGCCGCAGCUUGUCGAGGAAGGCGAAUGGUUCGCACAUCAAGUUGUGGAGCAAUAUCGGUUGCUUGAUAGCAUGAUCCAAGUGAUCAAAUGCCCCGAUGAGCGGACUGGAGAGGCAAUCUGCAAUGAGAAAUGCUGUCCCACCAUGUCUGCGGCAGGACAUACAUACACAUGGUUGGACAACCUUAAGCGGCCUAUCAAGAUUCCUGCCUGCCGUUAUAUCGAACUUGUCCAACGGUGGAUCAUCGGCAAGAUCAGCGAUCCGUCCUUGUUUCCCAUCGACACUGGCGCAGCCACGGGUGCCCUCGGAGGCAUCAACACCCCCGGUGCCAACACCCCCAUCGCCGCCGGCCCCACGAGCCUGAAUUCAUCCAUGUCCGCCCUCACCGGCCGGGACUGGCUUGGCCGAGCCAGCGGCUUCCCCGAGAAUUUCGAGAACGAUCUGAAGAGUAUGUACCGCCAAAUGAUGCGCUGCUACUCGCACCUCUACCACGGCCACUGGGUCGACCUCUGGCACCUGAGCGCCUGGAAGGAGCUCAACACGUGCUUCAUCCACUUCAUCAACGUGGGGAAGCUGUAUGGCCUGAUCGGCGACAAGGAGACAGAGCCGAUGCAGCCGUUGAUGGAGAUCUGGGUCUCCCGGGGAUUGUUGUCGGCCGCUCCGCAGAACGCGAACACGCCGCAAUCAUCGUCGCGCACCGAGACGCCGACUUCUUCGGUUCCGGGAACGGCCACCGCGGUUUGACGAUCCGGAACGGUUGAUGAACGGCCCCUAGGGCAUGCAUGAUGUUUACGAGGAGAAAACAGAGGACUCGGUGUGUGCAAAUAUCGAGGGUAACGGCAGCAGAUGAAGUUUCGGGGUUAUGGAGGGAGUGAGAAUCAGGCAGGCACCUUGCAGGAGUUACCUCACCGGCAUGUUUUCCUAAGCAUGAAAUGGCGUCACAUGUUGAAGGGAGAGAGAGUUGAUAGCGAUUCCAAAGUCCAAACAUGCCCAAACAUUACCAGACGGGUGCUGAGGGGCAGGUUGUCAUGAACGGCGCACUAGGUCGCGUUUCCCAAAGAAUUGAAUGCACCCCUCCAUGACAAUUGACAAUCCUCGUCACGUAACUUGGUGCUGUUGUGGCAAAGCUGGCGGCUGUUCCUUGAUCGUCU